CUUUGUGCGAGUCACUCCAGUUUCAGCGUAUCGUGUGUGCUUGGCUGUGAAAAGUCGAGCUAAAUAGUAAAGAAAGCCGUUUUCAUAUUGUCUUGUCGUAUGGAUGUCGCCCAAGUGAAUAUCAGUCAGAAAAUGAGUGUUGUCCCAUGUGUUCUAUAGGCCAAGUGGUCUAUAGAGACUGCAUUGGUGAUUCUAGUACCACAUGCAUACCUUGCCACAGUGGAACAUUCAUGAAUCAACCCAAUGGUUUUACCAAGUGCUUUCAGUGUAAAACCUGUGAUAAAGAACAAGGCCUUUACAGUAUACACAUUUGUACCACAAUAAGUAAUACAGUGUGUGGGGUCCUGGAUGGAUAUUACUGCAAAGAUAGAAAGGAAAACAAAGAAUGCACAUUUGCCUUGAAGCACAGACAGUGUGAACCAGGAGAGGGAAUUAAAGUUCCAGGAACUAAAGACAGGGACACUGAGUGUGAGGAGUGUCCCCAUGGGUUUUAUUCUCCACUGGGUAUAAACUGCACUAAAUGGACUGACUGUUCUGUCAAAGAUCAGGUCAAAGACACAGAAGGCAGUUCUGUAAAGGAUGUUCAGUGCAAAGUGAAAUUCAGGGAGAGACACGGCCUCAUAGCAGCAGCAGCAGUUUUUCUAGCUUUAUGCACAGCAGUUUUAUAUUGUGCAAAGAGACGUUCUGCAGCUGACAACACAGUUAAUAACACAUUUGUUAACGACGCAGCAUUAAAUAGUCCUAUAGAAGAAACACAAUAUUCAUCAAAUUCACCAGAAGAAAACAGGGAAGAAGAUUUUCACUAGCCCUACAGCUAGUGGACUUUAUGCACACUUCACUUGUGGGCACCAGUACAAACCCAGCGUCAGGCAAAGAGGCUGGACUGAAAAAAUCACCUGCAUUACAUGUGGAGUCUCUCAACAGCAUCAGUUAGGAGUUCAAAAUUCUUCAGUGUGGGCCAGGCAUAACCAGCAUAUUUUAACAGACUAAAACAACAAAAUAUGUUUUUGUGUGUUUCUGAAUGGAGACAGCUUUUCAUUUUGUACUGUCAUUUUAACAGUAUUAACCAAAGUGUAUCUGAAUUUUAAUAUCUCCUCAGACAUUCCUUACAUUACCCAUAAUCUAGGGUGACUGAGCUUUCACUAUCGCUUCCAAAUGACAGGUUUACUGUGUAGAGCUGCAUUAAUGUGUAGAGAAAGCAUGAAUACUGCUGAAAUAUGAUAAAUUGUAAAAGUACACUAACUAAGGGGCUAAGGGUGUUGCUGAUCCUCUAAACGUCUGACUCUGACAUUUAAAUUUUGUAUUUUUGUAAAUGUUUUGUAU